AAUCCACCGCCCAAAUUCUAUUUUCAGAAUAUCUUGACCAUCCAACGCCUUAAGGCUUAACCCCUUGUUUACUUUUGACCUUUGAAAAUCUUGACCCCUCAUCCUCACCGUCUGUCGUGCUACUGGUCCACCCAACUUUUCAUGCCCCCACGCCCCUCUGACUUUCCAUUUUCCUCAACCUAUAUAAACCGUGUUUCCUCACGUUUCUGUUUUCAUCGUCAAUAGCUUUGGGAAGCUUCAAACUAUACAGAAUGAGUUGUAGCUCAGAAGAAAGCACGUCUCAGAGGAAAUACAAGGGAGUGCGUCAGCGGAAGUGGGGCAAGUGGGUUUCGGAAAUCCGGGUCCCCGGCACGCAAGAGCGCCUUUGGCUCGGCUCCUACGCUACGCCGGAGGCUGCCGCGGUGGCUCGCGACGUGGCCUUUUACUGUCUGCGAAGAUCACCGUCGGCGUUGGACAACCUCAACUUCCCGCUAAUGUUGCCCUCGAGUGUCCGGACAGACAUGUCGCCGAGGUCGGUGCAGAAGGCAGCCUCGGACGCCGGUAUGGCUAUUGAUGCCCAGUUGAUCGGAUACAAGUUGGCGGAGACGGAGAGCGAAGUGAAGCAAGAUGAAGGUGGUGCGGUUCAUCAUGGCUUGGAGACGGGGUUCUGGGAAUACGUGGAUGGCAAUUGUGAGAUGAAAGAAGGAGAAGCUUUCAGCAUUUCCAUUGAAGAUUAUCUCUGAGCUUGCAGUACUAGUUAUUUUAGCUUUUUACCAUGUGUAUAUAAAUUAAUAUAUGGAAUGGCAUCAUAGUUCCAUUAAUAUGAUAUGAAUACAUGCAAACUCGAGGCUUCCAUUCAAAAGCAACGGCUCAUUUAAGAGGUUGUUUUUGUGAGGCUUUAAUUUCGCCUUGA